AUGGCCUCCAGAUUCCAGCGCGAUUCGCGCAACGCCCUCUUCUCCAACUACGACGCGGCGCAACAAACCCGCUCGCGUCCUCACUCGGGCUCUCCAGCACCUCGCAAUGCGCCUUUUACCGCCUCGGCGAAUUCUAGCAGUCCUUAUGGAGGUGGUGGUGGCAGUGAUGCGUCGCCACAAUUAAAUUCUUAUGCCGGUGGUGGUGCGGCGGGUUUCAAUGCUUAUCCCAGCAGCGGCGGCGGCGUCGGCGGAGGACUCGAAGGGGAUGGGACAUUUCGGGCUGCGACGCCCAAUCGGAGGGGACAGUAUAGUGAUGCUGUGUUGAGUGAGUUGGAGAGUCAGAAUGAUGAUCAGGCGGGGGAGAUGAGUAAGAAGGUUAAGAUGUUGAAGGAGUUGACCAUGGCGAUUGGGGAUGAGAUUCGGGAUAGUACGGCUUUUACGGAGAAGAUGAAUGAUCAGUUUGAGAAUACGAGGAAUCGAUUACGAGGGACAAUGAAUCGCGUGGCGUUAUGGGAUGGGUUUGAGAGGAUCAGACUCUCGGAGUGUAGUGUUUGA